AUGGCCGCUGCUCAAACUGAAGAGUUGGUAACCAGAAAAGGGACUCAUGUUACGUCGAUUAUAUGGAAGUGGUUCGGCUUUGACAAGGCCGACGUGGAGCAGACUACAGUCGUGUGCAAGGUUUGCCGAAAUGCUAUCAAAACCAAGAGUAGCAGCACAACUAACUUGUUUCAGCAUCUCCGGCAAAAGCACCCCACAGAAUGGGAGCAGUGCUCGCAGCUUCGGGAGUGCAGCGUGGGUAGCACGAGCAAAGACAAACACGACCACGCCGGGAAAAGACAACAAACUUUAGCCGCCUCAUUUUCUAAAGCCGUGCCGUACGACAAGUGUAGUGCGCGGUGGAAGCAGGUGACCGACGCUGUAGCUGUUCAUAUUGGGAUGGACAUGAUGCCCAUUUACACCGUAGAGAAGCCUGGCUUUCUGCACAUGUUAAAAGUGUGUGAUCCAAAAUAUGACCCGCCGAGUCGCAAAUACUUUGCGGAGGUUGCGCUACCAAAACUGUACAACGAAACACGACAAGCGCUCUAUGAAAAGUUGGACUCCGCUUUGUUUUUUGCAACUACUACAGACCUUUGGUCCAGUCGAUCUCUUCAGCCGUACAUGAGUUUAACUGUGCACUAUAUCGAUGAGAACUGGGCUCUCAACAGCUGCAGUCUACAAACCACCUACUUCCCAGAAGAUCAUACGGGGGAGAUCAUUGCACAGAGGCUCAAAGAUUCGUUGACACGGUGGAAGUUGGAUGAGGAGAACAUGGUGUGCAUGACUACAGAUAGUGGAACAAAUAUGAUAAAGGCCCUGAAGUUAAACCAGUGGACCCACCUCAACUGCUUUGGGCACAGGCUACACAACGCAAUAGGUAAGUGA